UAUUGGCCAUCCUGGGAAGAAAAAAAAAACAGAAACCUCAUGCGGUCGUCAGAUUGCAAAACAAAACACACCUCAAGCUGGUUAUAUCAGAUGCACAUAAUACACGACAAUGCCUGCCGAGAGUGAGCUAGUCAGUGUUAGCAAUAUUGUGAAGUUGUCGCUUUGUAACAGCUAGAUUAUCAGACGAAAUUGCGAAGCUAUGGAAACUGUACAAUAUUGAGAGCCCCUGCCCUCUGAUCCCACCUCUCCUAUGCCAAAUCCCACCUCUGACUCCACCUCUCCCGUCCACGGCACUGUCCUCCCAGACUCCACCCCUCCGAUGUACAGCCCUUCCCCUGACUCCGCCUCUCCUAUCCACAGCCCCUCUUCUCUACAGGCCGCAAUAUGAGCAGCCAGCGUGUGGAUGCCAAGGUAGUGCUGCUUGGUAAGGAGUAUGUGGGGAAGACCAGCCUGGUGGAGAGAUAUGUGCACAAACGCUUCCAUGGUGGGCCGUAUCAGAAUACAAUUGGUGCAGCAUUUGUUGCCAAGCCCAUCCAGGUGGGAGACAAAGUACUGACCUUGGGAAUCUGGGAUACAGCUGGAGCGGAGCGCUAUGAAGCCAUGAGCAGGAUUUACUACAGGGGAGCGUGUGCAGCCAUCGUGUGCUACGAUCUGACCGACAGCAGCAGCUUUGUGCGACUGAAGUUCUGGGUCAAGGAGCUACAGAACUGUGAACAGAAAUGUAAGAUUUACCUGUGUGGCACAAAGAGUGACCUCAUCGAGGCCGACCGCAGCAUAAGGCAGGUGGACUACCACGAUGCCCAGGACUACGCGGAGGAAGUGAAGGCGGAGAUAUUCGAGACCUCCAGUAAGACAGGCCGGAAUGUCGAUGAGCUUUUCCAGAAGGUAGCAGAGGACUUCCACAACAGCACAGCCUUCCAGGUUAUGACAGGAACCACAAUCCUUUUACACAAGGAGAGGGAGAUGGACCAGCGUCAGCGGAAAAGCUGCUGCCACCACUGAGAAUAACUGAGACUACCGGGACCCUGAGCACCCCACAUGAGAGAGGGACCCCCACAUCCUGCGUCCAUUCCCCCAACGAGUGACUGAGCUCGGCCCCAUUUCCCACCGCCGCCCGAAGCAGAACCUCAGUAACCAGGCUGCCGGCCUUCACGGGCGGCCCAUGUACCGACAGGAACUGAACCGCGCCUCCUCUUGGGGAAACCGCCGUCUGAACGCGGCCUUUAUGCGCUUGGCUUGCGGUCACUCUUCUGUUCACUAUGACCCUUAUAAACUCAGCUCAGUGUGGUUUACGGUCAGACAUUGGUUUAAUGUUACCCUUAUACACCCAGUGCACUGUGAUUUCCGAUCAGACAUGUUCAAUGCUAUCCUCGUACGCUCAGAUCAUUGUGGUUUAUGGUUUGACAUUGGUUUAGUAUUAACCUUAUACACUACAGUCACAACGGUUUGCUGCUCAUUUUGUCACAGGUUUUACAGUCUUAUAAUUUGUGGUAUGUCCUCUCAAAUGAACAUUACCAGCGUUUCUACGCACUCGCUCUGAGAAAAAACAGAACAGGUUCUGCGAUUUACACCCAGUUCUCUUUAUCUAAACUAAUUUAACAAGUGUACAAGAAAUCUACCUGCUGUAGGCAUCAUGUGGUAUUUAAGAUCUCAGUGGAAUGCUUAAUGUUUAAAGAAACGGAGGUGAAUGCUCUGAGACGGUUUCAUUUAGAAUCCUGCAUAUCAUAUCAUUUUAAAUUAUUUUUGUUUACUUGUGAAACAGCUGUCGGUUUUAUAACCUAAACUGAAAUGUACUGAAUGGGUUGCAAGUGUAUUCAGAAAGACACUAUCAGCCAUAGUGAAUUAAACAUACAGUAAAACUCAAAUACAAGCUUUGAAGCUCA